AUCUUGACGGUUUGCUAAAUUCUCGUUCUAGGUCGUCCUUGAACAUUCAAGCAUAAUUAUUAAUUGAAGCAACAACAGAUAAAAUUCUAAUAAAAAAACAAAAAAUGUCUCAAAAAGUUCAAGACGUUAAAGACCAAAUAAAUAAUGCACUUAACGAUCGUUCAAAACCAUGGACACAGGCUUUCGAUAUCAUUGAAGCAAAAACCGGUGUAAAUCGUUUAUAUGCAUUUAUUGGUAUUGUUGGAAUCGUGGCAUUAUGGUUAGUUUUUGGAUAUGCAUCACAACUUUUAUGUAACUUAAUUGGAUUCGUGUAUCCAUUAUUUGCAUCGAUGAAAGCAUUGGAAACGUUAAAUCGUGAAGAUGACACAAAAUGGUUAACAUAUUGGGUUGUAUUCGCUGCAUUCUCGUUAUCGGAAUUCUUUGCUGAUCUUAUUGUAGGAUGGUUCCCAGUUUAUUGGUUAUUAAAGUGCCUUUUCCUAAUCUGGUGCAUGAUUCCUUCAGAAUUGAAUGGUUCAGUUAUUAUUUAUAAUAGAUUAUUACGACCAUUAUUUUUAAAACAUCAAGGUACUAUCGAUCAUAAUGUUGAUAAUUUAACAAAAACAGCUAAAAAAUUUGUUGCUGAUCAUCUCGCUAAAAGUGAUUGAAAAAAAAACUCUA